GACCCACAAUGCAAUACGCAGGCCGACGUGGAGGCAGCUCCCACGGCCGCUGGCAUCGCUGCUGCAGACACAGAUCUCCAUUGUCAGCCCUGGGGAGGCCGCCGGGGACCAGGCCCUGCGUGGGGAUGCGGGGAGAAGCCCCGCAGCAGCAGGGCUGGCUUUAGGAGUUGUCCUCUGGGCUGGCUGGAGGGGGACACGGGGAAAGUGUCACCUAGGGGGGUGGCAUCCUGCGCUGCUGGGGCUCAGGUGGGGAGUUGGGGUGCUGCCCCCUGACCCCGCGGGUGCAAGGGUGCGAUGAGCUCUCAGGAUGAGCAGUUCCCAGCAGCAGCAGCCCCUGACCCAGUGGCUCCCUCCGCCGAUGAUGGCAUGACCUGGUGGUACAGGUGGCUCUGCAGGAUUGCCGGGGUCAUCGGGGGCGUGUCCUGUGCCUUCGCUGGUCUCUGGAACUGUGUCACCAUCAACCCCCUGAACAUCGCAGCCGGCGUGUGGAUGAUGCUCAACGCCUUUGUCCUGUUCCUGUGUGAAGCCCCAUUCUGCUGCCAGUUUAUCGAGUUUGCGAACGCCGUCUCUGCAAGGGCGGACAGGCUGCGGUCCUGGCAGAAAGCUGCUUUCUACUGCGGGAUGGCUGUUUUCCCAGUCAUGCUCAGCCUGACGCUGACCACGCUCUUCGGAAAUGCCAUUGCGUUCGCCACUGGAGUGCUUUACGGCCUGUCUGCGCUCGGCAAAAAGGGAGAUGCCAUUUCCUAUGCUCGGAUCCACCAGCAGCAGAAGCAAAUGGACGAAGAGAAGCUCACGGGUUCCCUGGAGGGACAGGCUCUCUGAAGCACCUGAGGUUACCCGGGGUGACCUCUCCUGGACACUGAGAUGGUGAAGAAAUGGAAAUCCACUCUGCCCUUCCCUCUGCCCGCUCCCCUCUCUCUCUUACACCACAAUUUCCCUGGACACUGCAGCAACUGGAAAUCUCAGGGGCUGGGGCGGGCUGUGCCCUCUCCCCACACCAGCAGCCAGACCUCAGCGUAUUGGCCCCUCUCUCCCUGUCAGCCCUCAACCCAACAACUCCUAGUCCUUCUGUUUUGUAAUUAUUUCUGUUUGCUGCGGAGGUGCUGCUUUACCAGGUAGCCUUUCUUUGGAGUGACACCCGAUGAGGAGUCAAGGAUGCAGUCCUCAUUUGGGAACUGCUCUCUGGAUGGGGUGAGGAGGAACGGAGCUGAGGUGCCAGCUCCUUGCAAGAGCUGGUCUCAUGGGAGUCAGGAGCUGUUGGCCUCGCUCCUGGGGGUAACCUGCCACAGCACAUCACACGUUUUCAGUAAUGCUGUGGUCCUUCCUGGGGAUAAAACACUUAUCCUGAGGUUUGUGAUACUUGGUGAUGCUUAAGCUUGGUCUUCUUCCAUUGAAUAUAUUUUAAUAUGGGUCCAGGAAGGCCGGGCACCAGAGGUGUGGCUGCACGGCAAAGGACUUCUAGCAAAAAAAAAACCACAUAAAAACAAUCAGCAUCUCUGCAGAAGACCUGCCAGAGUUGCAGGGGCAGAUCCUGGUAUCUACAAACCAUAGCCCUCCCUUCCUCUGGAUCCACCUGCAGGCAGUCAGUGCAAAUUACUUGAAUUAUAAGAAUUUACUACUUUGUCUUAAUAAUGGUACUUUUCUUAGGCUUCACCCUUUUACUGGGGAAGAAGGGAAAAAAGGUUUGCUUUACCUCAGCUGAAAAAAGGUACUGUUGCUUGAGGCAAGUGGGAUCUUUUGCUGCUGUAAGGGUCACUGUUGUCCAAGAGCAUCCUUGGGGAUGCAAGCCUAGGACUCUGCUCUGUCGUGUCUCACUCCCUGCAUCUGCUCCUGCUACCAUCCCUCCACACAAGGGACCUGUUCUUUGCUUCUCUCUGGUACAGCCUUUCUCUUGGCGCUCGUGUUCUUUUUGCAUCAGUCCUGGGAUAAUUUUCUACGGGAAGGUGGCAUAUCCUUCCUCUGCAAGCACGGAGGAGUCUGCACCGCCUCAGUGUGU